AUUUGGAUUCCGCAAUGGGCAACACUAACUCGGCGAUCAAGGGCUUGGCAUCGGACAUUGCGGGUACAACGGACAUCUGCGACGUGGUCGCAGACGUCUCGAGUGCUUGGGCGUCGUCUUAUCUGCUGCCGGAGGAGGAAAUUCUGUACGCGCUGCAGUCUGUGCGGCAGGAGUUCGCCUUCACCAACCGCGCACUUAUCAAAGUACGCGCAGAAACGUCCACCACUACGCGCAAACGAGUGGAGCGGUUUGAGUAUAAGACUCACACAUUGGAGAACGUCAAGUUCGAGUCGACGGGUGUCGUAGACCGAGACUGCGAGCUGGAAUUCAAGAUCGGGGAGCAGAAAUUUAAGAUUGACAUCGAACGAAGUAAAGAAGAAGAGAUCAAGGGGUUCUAUAAGGCGCUUGUGCUACUGGGUCAUAAGCAAGAGGAAGACAAACUCGAAUGGGAGCUGGUUAAGCAGGCCAUGGCCACGGCAAAGGACACCGUGCGUCGCUCUGAUGCCGAUAGACAGAGUCUGAACCAGCAAUCGGAUGAGACCCUCCGCUGGAUGAAAGCGCAACACGAGCGGACUCAUCCUCACCGCUACAAGAGCGUCAUUAAGAGCGCUCUUGACGCAUUCCAAGCAGAGCGGGAGAAGGUGGAAUAGGUCGAUUGGAAGGAAUACUGCUGAUGAACGUUGGGCGUUACACCGGCUUACUGAGCAAAAGUAUUCGGUGAUCAUCGCGGUGCUAGACAUUGUGAAAAUCUUCUUUACUUGAACAAGUUAUUUGAAAUGGUGCGCUCA